AGGUGUUUAUUGAAAAACACGGAUUAUUAAAAUUGUAUAGCUCUUUACUUCUCUCUAGAUAUUGUAAUUUUCCUUCAGUUCUACGGGUCUUGUAAAAUACGCUUUUGCCCAGCCGGCGGGUUAGCGCCGUCUCUUGUUAUCACGUCGAAUCUGGGAGGGCGUCGGGUGCGGGCCAGCGUGAGGUUGGGUCAGGAAAGUAGUAUACCCACCCGAAGCAUCGUUCGUGCCAGGCACCCCUGACUGAGCCCCGGGCGCCCACUCCACCGCCACCAUGGCCAAGAACACGGCCAACUCGACGUUCCGCAAGAUCGACGUGGACCAGUACAACGAGGACCUGUACCGCGAGGAGGAGGGCGGCGAGGCGGCGGCCGGGCCGGACGAGGCGCAGCUGCAGCAGAUGCUGGCCGCGGGCCGCACCGGCGACGCCCUCCAGUACGUGCUGCAGCUGGCGCCGGCCGGCAGCCGGAGCCAGCCGGCCAAGGACGCGGCGCUGCAGGCCGUCAUGCGCGUGCUGACCGCCUUCCGCACGGCCGAGAUGGAGCCGGCCGUGCGCGCGCUCAGCCAGGAGCAGGCCGACCUGCUCAUGAAGUACGUGUAUCGCGGCUUCGAGGUGCCCUCCGAGGGCAGCAGCGGCCACCUGCUGGCCUGGCACGAGAAGCUGUACGGCGUCGGCGGCGUCGGGUGCAUCGUGCGCGUACUCACCGACCGGAAGCGGGUGUGAGUGCCGCCCGGCCGCGCCAGGGAACAGGCGGACGACCCAGGCGUGGCGAGCGAGGCUUCCGGAUCGCGUCGUCGUCCCGGCGGUGGGUGAUCAGGCCACCGACCGGGGGCGGGGCGCCGCCCGAGUCCCGCAGCGGAGGCCCGCGGCCGGUGUCGGCCGCUGGCAGCAGAGUGGCAGAAAAGCGGGCAGGGCGGCGCGCUGCCGCACCCGAUUCGCUGUUAUUCCCUCAGCUCCAGUUGUUAUUACACUGCUUAUGAUGCGUAUGUGCCGGACCAUGAUUUAUGUGGCUUUUAUAUAAUAAACGAUUUAUUUCGGACUGUG